CCCGCCCGUCCCCCUGGUUGCUAGGGAGGGCUGAUGACGGCGCGAGCGGAAGUGCGCGGCGCGGCCAUGGCGGGAGGGAUGAAACCAGCCCCGGGGCGGCGGCGGCUCCUGGGGACCCUGGUGCUGCUGCUGCUGCUGCUGGCGGGGGACGCAGAGGCCAAGAAGCCGGUGAUCCAACUCGAAGAAGGGAACGUGCACCAUCUGGCGUUCCCGCAGCCGUUCUGCUACACCAACCCGGAGACCCCGAAAUGGCACGACAUCUGGACCCGGAUGCAGAUCCGAGUCGUCAGCAACAAGAUGAUCCGUGUCACCCAGGUGGAAAACGAGGAGAAGCUGAAAGAGCUGGAGGAAUUCAACAUGUGGAACUUCGUCUUCGCCUUCUUCAGAGAGAAGCUGAACGACACCUACAUCCCUGUGGAUCUCUACAGCCAGAAAACCUGCCUGAAAAUAGAGCUGCCGGAACCAAACACCACCUACAGCGUCGUCCUCCUCCGCUGGUUUGACCCCAAGCUCUGCCUGGUUUCCUUCCUGGGCCUGCUCCUGUUUUUCUCCGGGGAUUUACUGAGCAGGAGUCAGCUCUUCCACUACUCGGCUGGGAUAAGCAUCGGGGUGCUGGCCUCGCUGCUGAUCCUCAUCUACGUGAUGGCCAAGGUGAUGCCCAAGAAAAGUCCCAUCUACUUCGUCCUAGUGGGAGGCUGGUCCUUCUCCCUCUACCUCAUCCAGCUGGUCUUCAGAAACUUGCAAGAGAUCUGCAAAUCCUACUGGCAAUACCUGCUGGGCUACAUGCUGCUGGUGGGUUUUGCCAGCUUCGCCGUGUGCUACCGGUACGGCCCGCUGGAGAACGAACGCAACAUCAACCUGCUGACGUGGAGCCUGCAGCUCCUGGGCCUGCUGCUCAUGUACGUGGGGAUCCAAAUCCGGCCCAUCGCCCUGGCGCUGAUCGCCAUUGCCGUCUGCACCAAGAACCUGGAGUACCCCGUCCAGUGGCUCUGUGCCACUUACAGGAAGGUGCAGAAAGCCACAGCGAAGCCGAGCCCCCCUCGCCUGCUGACCGAAGAGGAGUACCGGCUCCAGGGGGAGGUGGAGACACGCAGGGCCCUGGAGGAGCUGCGCGGAUACUGCAGCAGCCCAGAGUUCUCCGCCUGGACUGUGGUUUCCCGCAUCCAGGCUCCGAAGAGGUUCGCCGACUUUGUGGGUGGCGCCUCCCACCUCACCCCGAACGAGGUCUCCGUCCACGAGCAGGAGUACGGCCUGGGGGGCUCCUUCGUGGAGGACCAGCUCUUUGAGGAAGACGAAGACGACUCCUUCGAAGGGGAGGGUCGCGCCGGCUUCUCCGUGUCCCAGAACCACCUGGGCUUCGAGUGAGGGAGCCGUGCGGCCGGAUUUGGCGGUGGAGCUGCGGCAGCGUCCUGCUGGCGUGGGGUACAAUCGCUGCUCUCAGAGCGCCCCCGUGAGCGCACGCGCGCGCGCGUGUGUGUAAAGCACUGUCUGUCCGUGCGAGUGCACCAGAGCCAGCCAGGCUGGCAGCGCCUCCUGCUGGACCCGGUGACAUGGGCAGCCAGGGGAUUGAACUCCACCCAUCUGACCUGGCAGCGCUUUGCCCUCUGGCUGGCACCAGACCUGGUCCCUCUCCCGGCUGCACGGCAUUUGUCCUCUUCCCGGCUUUCCGCAGCGGGGGAGACGCCGAAGGAUGUGUGGGGCGGGGAAGGGGUGUUCUGGGGGCACUUCCCGUCUGAGGAAUCCACACGGCGCUUCGCAGCCUGCCAGUGGAGCUUGUCUGAGCUGCCCCCAGCCUGACUUCAGUUGGACUGGGAACCCCCCCCCCCCCCCCCGGCUGUCCUGAACCCGGGCAGGGUCUCUGGGGGGCAGGAGGGUUCUGCACAGGCCUGUGUGGUACCUCCCAUAAAGCUGGGGGAAUUGGCCCGUCUCCUCCUGCUGGCAGCCACGGAGACAAUUUCAUUCUCCCGCUCCCCUGGGGCUCAGCGGCGCGGGAGGCGGGCGGCGCCCGGGUGAUGGCAGAAGAGCAGCUGCCACGCCCAGUGGCUGCAGGAGCGCUCGGCCCCCUGCCCGUAGCAGGGUGGCUUUCCUGGGGCGCAGGGGUCCCCCCUCGGGUGCUGAGCUGAGCCCAGCCCCUUCUCUCUGUGCAUCCUGCCCCCAGCAGGAAAAAUAACCCCCCUUUCCACUGGCCCCUGCCCCCACCUCCCCGUCCUGUGGCCACGGCUCCUGGACUGCUGCCCCCUGCUGGCUGUCAGAGCAGCCAGGCUCAGCCUGCUGAGAGCCGGGGCGGGAGCCGGGUUGCAGGCAGGCGUGGGGGCGGGUGGGGAGAGGGCUGCCCGGGACAGCAAUGUGAUCUCUUCCUCCUCCUGCUGGGAGCCGGGUUUGUUUGCACAAGAGGAGAACUUUGGACCUGCUGUGCUGACAGGUGCGUGCCGGGCAGCUGACUUCCUGUUCCCCUGCCAGCGCCCCCCCAUCAGUAAUGGGUUGGGGGGGGGCAGGAACGGCUUCCUAACACCAGAGAGACCGGAGGAGCACCUUUGAGCGGCUCCCUGUGGAGGUGGGAAAACCCUGGGCUUCAGGAUCUGUGGGUUUGAAUGGUUCCUGCUCACCUGCUUUGUUUGUGGUUCAUUUACUUACGUCCACAGCGCUCCACAGUCAGAGACGUUUUAACUGCUUCGUGCCCCCGUCUCUACCCCCUCAGCCCCUGUUCCAGGCCCCACCCUCUCAGCCUUCUCUGCCUAGGGCGUCCCGUGCUAAUGCGGUGCCCGGCGAGGGGUCCGUGUCCCCCACAGCCUCUGGUUCAGCUCCACGUCCCCUCUAACCUGGCAGCAAGCAGCCGGGUGGCCUGGGACGCUCCCCCCAGCCCUCCACCUGCCUGCGCUGCUUCCAUCCCCUGAGCAGGCACUGCCCUGCCAGCUGCGUUUCCUGCGUGCAGGGGGGAGCCUGAGCUCCGUGGGGGGCAGGAAGCCCAGGGGGGCUUGGCUGCCCUGGGAAAGGGCACGUCCCUGAACUCAGGCCUGAGGGGCUGGCUAUGGGGAUUAGCUCUCUCCGGAUCCGGCUGUGGGGGGCUGCACCCGAGCCCUCGGGUGGAUGGAACAGAGCUCUGACCCGAGGGGGCCGGGAGUUGGCCGUGUGCGGUAACGCUGGAGAUCCUGCCUAGCCCAUUCGGACACUCGCUUCCCGGUGCGGUUAAUGGGAGCGGUGGGGCUAAGGGUGGGAGUCUGAUGUUACCCAAGUGAUUUAGGCGCACAAAUCCCAUUCAUUCAAACGGGGCUCAUGCGCCUAAGUCCAUUGGGCACUGCUGAAAGUCUCCCCAGGAUUGCUGCUUUGAAACCCCUGGCCGCAGAGUUCUCUCGUUAUUUCCAAGAAGCUUCUCUCAGUAAACGUAGCGACGGGAGCUGCCAGCCCCGAGUGUCGUCGCUCGCAGUGAUGCGCUCGAGGGGCCGCUUGGGCCUGGGGGAGAGACCCGCUAAACCCGGGCUGCGCUAAAUGGUCAAACUAGUGAGGGGGGGGGGUCCAACCUGCCACCCCCAAAGGAGUCAGACUCCCAAAUCAGGCCCCUUUAAGUGGCCUCCAGCUGAACCCCGAAAGCCUGCAGGCUGCUUGUGCCUGAGCCGGUGCAGAAAGCGGCUGGGCAGAACUGCCCUGUCUCAGCUGAUGCGGGUUCACUGCGUGACAAUGGCCCCGUGUGGGGCUUGUGUGACUAUGCAAAGUGCCUGGUCGGGAGCCAGAGCGAACGUGGAAGGGCCCAGGCCGGUGUGGAACUGGGCGGGUACAGGAGCGCCGGGCAGAGGGCCCCAGGCCUCAGUUAACCCUGUGGCGCUGGCGGGAGGGGGCAAGGCCGGCCGGCUGGUCACCUGCCGUAGGUGGAGUAGGCCGCAGCUGGCCCGGAUGGCCCGUCCUGUCCACCACUUCUAGCUCUGAAAGGUGUGUGGGCCUGGCUGGCCUGGCGUGUGGGCCAGGCCUCAAGCACAAAUGUGGGGGGAUGCUCCUCAUUCUCUAUGCAACUAUCUGAGCAAUAACUGCCCUCGAGUGGCCUCUCUGCGGACACUGCUCCCUGCAGGGCCCGGAUCCUGCCUGCUCCCCAUGAAGCAAUGUCGGAGCAGCAGCUUUCGUUGGCGUGCCAGGCGCAGCUGCAAAAUAAUCAGACUCGAGGGGCAUCCGUGGUCUGCAGGAGAAGCCUGUGCACUGCGGUCGUCGGUCUUGGCAGCGCCUAUAAGCCGCGGAACUGCCGGAGGUUAUAGCCGCGGUGGGUAAUUCCCAGUUUAAUUUUAAAUAUUUCUUUUUGGUGCUGUGCCCGCUCCCUGUUGUUGCGGAAAGCCAGCUCUCAGUGUUAGCCCACGCAAGCGGCCCUGCCGCCGCCCAGAGUCUAUUUUUCUCGCUGUUGUUAAUGCAGGUUCAGAUUUUUAAUAAAGUUUGUUUUUUGUA